AAAAUGCACAACUUCCAUCUCUGGAUGGGAUUGCCUUGUCUCAGCCACCCCUGCUGAUCAAUUGAUAUCAGAAAAGGUAUCAUUUGUCAUCACAUCUCAAGUUCUGAACAUCACUCAGUGUUCACCGCCCGGUCUUUCCUCUAUAUAAGUCUCCUCCGGCUUGACACAACAAAGGACUUUGAUAUUUCGAACCAGACCAGUCUCAUCAGAUCCUCACAGACCAAAGCUCGACCAAAAAGAACUACCACAGCACCAAUUUCACUGCCACUCAUCAUCAUCACCACCAGCACCACCACAAUGGCUUCCUACAACCUGCCCGCUCCCCGCCGUAUCACGGCCUCCAACCUCCCUCUUCCCUCUCAGCACGCCAACGAUGAGCACGCCGAGCCCGGUGUCGAGGUCAGAGUCGACUCGCUGGACUGCCCUCCCAUCCCAGGCUUUGACGGUGUUCUGCGCCGUGCCCGCGUGGCCACCAACAAGCAGGUCCCCGCCAGCAACGAUGGCCACGGUGACAUCCCCCUCGACGACGUCCCGGGCUUUGGCAUUGUCCUCCCCGGCGGUCUGAACAUGUAUUACAUCGACGUUGCUCCCAACUCUGAGGGCACCAUGCACCGCACCACCUCGACCGACUACCUAGUCGUCAUCUCAGGCAAGCUCAGCCUCCUGACCCCUGAGCCCAAGCCCUUCCAGAUCAAGGAAGGCAAGGCCAACUACAGCGAGCCCAUCGCCACCGAGUGCCACCCUGGCGACGUCGUCUUCCAGCGCGGUAUCGUGCACGCUCUGUCCAACCGCACCAACGAGUGGGUCCGCCUGCUGGCCGUUGUGGUCUCUUCUGAGACCAACAAGGUGCCUGUCGAGAGUGGCAGCCACAAGGAGCUGGCUGAUGCCUGGCUCCCUUAGGCUCCCCUUUUCAAUGAAGUAGUUUUGAGAAAACCAUGCAUGCAUAGCAAUAGAACAUGACGUUGGAGGCUUGGUACAGUACACUUUGUGCCGGUUAGAGACGAGAUCUCUCUCCCGUCAUGUAUAUAUUGGACUGGGUGUUUUUAGAUUUGAUAGGCAAAAAGUUUCAAUGGUACUGCAUCUCUUUGAUAACGG